CGCCCGCCGCCCCUCCCCCCGGCGCGCCGGCCUAGCCGAGCCGGCCGGCCGGCCUGGCUCCCCUCCCCGGCCCCGACGGGCGGGCGGGCUGCCCUGAGGAGGCGGGGAGGGGAGGGCUGGGCCGGCCGGCGGGUGGGCGACGAUGCCGAACUUCUGCGCUGCCCCCAACUGCACGAGGAAGAGCACGCAGUCGGACCUGGCCUUUUUCAGGUUCCCGCGGGAUCCGGCCAGAUGCCAGAAGUGGGUGGAGAAUUGUAGGAGAGCGGACUUAGAAGAUAAAACACCUGAUCAACUAAAUAAACAUUAUCGAUUAUGUGCCAAACACUUUGAGACCUCUAUGAUCUGUAGAACUAGUCCUUAUAGGACAGUUCUUCGAGAUAAUGCAAUACCAACAAUAUUUGAUCUUACCAGUCAUUUGAACAAUCCACAUAGUAGACACAGAAAACGAAUAAAAGAAUUGAGUGAAGAUGAAAUCAGGACACUGAAACAGAAAAAAAUCGAUGAAACUUCUGAACAGGAACCAAAACAUAAAGAAUCAACAACCAACGCUCAGAAUCCCAGUGCAGAAGAAGGGUGUGAAGAACAGGAUGAAGACAUUUUACCUUUAACCCUUGAAGAGAAAGAAAACAAAGAAUACUUAAAAUCUUUAUUUGAAAUUUUGAUUCUUAUGGGAAAACAAAACAUACCUCUGGAUGGGCAUGCUGAUGAAAUCCCGGAGGGUCUCUUUACUCCUGAUCACUUCCAAGCACUGCUGGAGUGCCAGAUACAUUCUGGCGAAGAGGUUCUGAGAAAGCGCUUUGAGACAACAGCAGUUAACACAUUGUUGUGCUCGAAAACACAGCAGAAACAGAUGCUAGACAUCUGUGAGAGCUGCAUUCGGGAGGAGACCCUCAGGGAAGUGAGAGACUCCCACUUCUUUUCUAUCAUCACUGAUGAUGUAGUGGACAUAGCGGGGGAAGAACACUUGCCUGUGUUGGUUAGGUUUGUUGAUGAAUCUCCUAACCUGAGAGAGGAAUUUGUGGGCUUCUUGCCUUAUGAACCUGAUGUAGAAAUUUUGGCUGUAAAAUUUCACACGAUGGUAACUGAGAGGUGGGGGUUAAACAUGGAGUAUUGUCGUGGCCAGGCUUACAUUGUGUCCAGUGGAUUUUCUUCCAAAAUGAAAGUCGUUGCUUCUAGACUUUUAGAGAAAUAUCCCCAAGCUGUCUACACACUUUGGUCUUCCUGUGCCUUAAAUAUGUGGUUGGCGAAAUCAGUGCCUGUUGUGGGAGUAUCUGUUGCGUUGGGAACAAUUGAGGAAGUUUGUUCUUUCUUCCAUCGGAUCUCCACAUCUUUGGAGCUUGACAAUGUAAUUUCUGUCCUCUUUCAAAACAAUGAGGAAAAGGGUAAAGAACUGAAGGAAAUCUGCCAUUCUCAGUGGACAGGCAGCCACGAUGCCUUUGAAAUUUUAGUGGACCUCCUACAAGCACUUGUUUUAUGUUUAGAUGGUAUAAAUAGUGAUACAAAUAUUAGAUGGAAUAACUGUAUAGCUGGUCGAGCUUCUGUUCUCUGCAGUGCAGUAACAGAUUUUGAUUUCAUCAUGACCAUUGUUGUUCUUAAAAAUGUCCUAUCUUUUACAAGAGCCUUUGGGAAAAACCUUCAAGGGCUAACCUCUGAUGUCUUCUUUGCAGCCAGUAGCUUGACUGCAGUGCUGCAUUCACUAAAUGAAGUGAUGGAAAAUAUUGAAGUUUUCAAUAGAAAAUUGUUGUUCGAAGAAGCGCACAAAUUUGGCACUAAGCUUGAUAUUCAGUAUGAAACUCCCUGGAAAUUCCGCAGAGGCCCAGCAAGGUAACCUGGAAAUCUCAGCUCACUUCUGAGUAGUUACUAUAAAGAAACUCUAAGUGUUCCAACAGUGGAACACAUAUAUUCAGGAACUGAAAGAAAUAUUCUCAGACAGCACCUCAAAGCUCUUAAAUGCUUAUCUCUUGUACCCUCUGUCAAGGGACAGCUCAAAUUUAAUACAUCGGAGGAGCACCAUGCUGGACAAGACAGAAGUGACUUGCCCAAUCCCGACACACUCUCAGCUGAGCUGCAUUGCUGGAGAAUCAAGUGGAAACACAGAGGGAAAGUAUAUGAGCUUCCAUCCACCAUUUAUGAAGCCCUGCAUCUACCAGACAUCAAGUGUUUUCCUAGUGUUUAUGCAUUGCUGAAAGUCCUCUGUAUUCUUCCUGUGAUGAAGGGUGAGAAUGAAUGCUAUGAAAAUGGACGGAAGCGUCUCAGAGCAUCCCCGAGGAACACUCUGACAGAUCAAAGGUCAAGUAACUUGGCUUUGCUUAACAUAAAUUUUGAUAUAAAACAUGAUCUGGAUUUAAUGAUGGACACAUACAUCAAACUCUAUACAACAAAGUCAGAGCUUCCUACAGAUAACUCCAGAAACCAUUAG